AUGCUGCCCGACGAUUUUGACAAAGCGGACUGGAUGCUGGGCUCAUGGGUGCCAUCACCCGAUCCGCGACGCCCAGAUUUCCCCUACCACAACGGCCUCACCCUCACCAUCCGGCCUCAUGUCCCCCCAUCUCCGUUUGGAUCGACUGGAUACAUCAAAGGGUUGGAGCGCCAAGAAGCACCACGGGAAGAGGUCGCCAAACUCCCACAGAGUGAAUGGUGCCUACGCAAUCCUGUCGCCGAAACCGCACCGCACCCAGACAUCACAGAGAAGCAAAUGCUGAAGAUCGUUGGUGGCAUCGCUUGCAAGGACGGCCGUGGUGCACAGGUCGUACGCUGCCAACUAUGCCACGAUGUGAGCAAUGUAUACGUCGCGAAGAUCUACGAUCCCCUUUACUACUCCUUCUCGGACCGAAACUUUGGCACCCCCGUCGACGUGACGUACAGAGCAGACCAAGACUAUUCUCGAGAGGCGGCUGCAUUCGAAGACCUCAAGGCCGAUGGGGCAGAUGGCCGCUUCUCUCCCAAAUACUAUGGCUCCUGGACUUUCGACAUGCCUUUGAUAGGCACUCCUCCUGUGUUGCGACCAGUUCGCUUGGUGCUCAUGGAGUACAUCAAGGGGACUGACCUCUGGACCAUCAUGGAGAGAGACGGAGAGGGUCUCGGGUUCCAUACCGUCCCUCCUGAACAAAGACUCGAAAUUUUUGCCAAAGCUGCCGAAGCUGAGACGAAUUUGAAGUUCCACGGCAUCAUCCACCGAGACUUCGCGCCCAGAAACGUCAUGAUCGCAGACCCUGUUACCCGCGAGGGAGUUGACUCCCACACUCCCCGGGUGAUACUGAUCGACUUCAACAAUUCCACCUGCGUCAACCGCCCCAACUUUCGAUACGCAGAGUUCCACACAGCAGAUCCCCUUCCCAUCAGCCCGCGCUAUCGCUGGUGGGGAGGAUGCCCCAAUGCGUUUUCGCAGUGGGUGCCGGAACCGCAUCGCUCCCAAGAUGCUGUCUUCAAUGGCUGGUUGGUGACGCGGUUGCCGGAUCCUUCUAGCGGAUACCUGCUACUUCCAUUCACAAUGCCUAGGCAUAUCCGCACGGCUGGUCUGAUUGAGUAUGCUUUGCCAGUCCCUGAUACUGAGCCCGUCUUUGCGCAAGUGUACCGGCGUGAGUAUGACAUGCCACCCGUGUCUUGGUCUCCAGCCGACACAGAGUCUCUAAGCGGAUCGAGCGAAGUCAAGACUCCAGACGCCAGUACUUCACCAGACGGAAGAAACUCAUCUCAAAGCGAACCCGAGGAUUUUGAGGACGGGACUAAUGUUGCUGAACUACAAUACCACGAAGAUAUUCGAGGUGAAGGCGAGACAUGGGCAAGUGGCAUCGAGCAAGACGACAUGGGCCUACUUGGAAGCGGAAUCAAGGAAGCAAAGACAUCACACGGAUGCACCGAGCCAGAGGACAGCCAUCUCACCCAGGGGUAG